GUGAAGACUGAAGCAAAGCCAUGUUCUUGCUUUGCUGCCUCUACUAGGACGAGUCCUCUCUCUAUCUCAAAAUUACAAACUCAAACUCCCACAGACUCACACACAGAGAAACGAAACUUCCUUCGCCAAAAAAAAACUCUCACUCACUCACUCUCCCUCUCUCUCUCUACAAGUUGCUUUGUCUCAUCCUUCACCUAAACUCUCUCUCUUUACCCAACAUUUACUCUUUCUUUCCCUUCAAAUAAAAAUCUCGUAUAAAUAAAGGUGUUGGAGUUGCUAGAUCUGAACGCCCAAUCCCUUCCCCUUGGUUCAAUGUAAUUAUUAAUUCGUUUCCAAAUCCAUCAAUGGGAUCCAGUGGAAGUAAAGCUGCUGCUUCUAAUCAAUCGGCGGCGGCGGCUUCGUCUAGCAAGACUCGAAGAUCUAGAGGCGGCUGGGCUUUUCAGUCUUCUUGUCUCGGCGCUCCAUCUGGAUCUCGCUGCAAUGGCCGCCAAGACCGGAACACAGAGGACGGUACAGAUGAGGCUGAGACGGAGUCGGAUGAGUUGAAAAUUGAUAGUGAGAGGAAAGUAAAAGACGACAUGUCCUGUAUAGCUUCAAAUGCUGAGGUUGAUGGUAGCAGCUCUAACCGAUCAUCCUCUACGCCUAGUCGCUUUCUUUCACGCUUUAGCUUCAUUCCUGGUAAUCUAAGUUUUAGAUUAAGCAGAGCAACCAGUUUAGGGUCGUCAAGAGCAUAUUCUGACGAACAAGAGCUUCGACUACCAUCCGGUCAUGGUAGUGGUAACUUUCUUGAUAGAAUUGAAGCUCAACAAGGAAGUGACUUGCUUCCUCAAACUCUGAUCAGUCGUCAAGAUAGUAUGAGUAAUUUUCAGUUAAAUGGGGUUAAUUUGCAAGACAAUCGAACAAUUUCUUCAGUAGAUAGUAGUAGCACUAGAACAGGUGUUGAAGGAAAUUUACAUUCUCCUAGAGUUCUGAAUGAGUUGGAGAACAUUGGAACUAGACGGAUUGGAGCUCGGGAACCUGUUGAAAGAAAUGUUCGUUUUAGCCGAACUCUCAGUGUGGGGAGACUUCGUGAUAGAGUUCUUCGCCGAUCAUCAUUGACUGAUUUAACGUUUUGUCCUUUGCAACAAGAGAGAGAAGUGAGAGAUGGUAGUCAAAGUGGUGGGCGAUAUCCCUUUGACAGUGACACUAGGAUUCGAACAUCUGAAGCUAAUGCUGCUACUUCUCCAGCAAGAUCUGGUUAUCCUCCAUCCAGUCUGUCUAGCACCUUGUUCGGCAUUCAAGAUCACGAGGUUGAAACUUCACGAUCAAGAGAAGCCAGGUAUCAUGAUUUACUGGAACACAGAUCAAAUUUCCUUGAACGAAGGAGAAGAAUACGAUCUCAGGUUCGUGCUCUUCAACGGUUGGGAAGUCGUUUUGAGAACCUGUCAGGGCAUGAGAGGUCUUGUAUCUCAUCUGGUCAACAUAGAACGGGUCGUUGCACAUGUCGUGUAAGUAAUCGAGAGGCCAGCUCUAAUGAUGACACCAGCACUAGAGCUAGCAUAUCAAGAAUUGUAAUGUUAGCUGAAGCAUUAUUUGAGGUUCUGGAUGAAAUACAUCAGCAAUCUGUGGUGUUAUCUUCUCGGCCUUCUAUGUCUUCAUUAGGAUCUAUUCCUGCACCUAACGAGGUUGUAGAAUCUUUGCCUGUCAAAUCUUACACCAAGUCACAGAAACAUUAUAAUGAGGAGGUUGCACAAUGCUACAUUUGCCUUGUGGAGUAUGAGGAAGGUGACAGUAUGCGGAUACUGCCUUGUCAUCAUGAAUUCCAUAGAACAUGUGUAGAUAAAUGGCUCAAAGAGAUUCACAGAGUUUGUCCUCUUUGUCGCGGAGAUAUCUGCAAAUCUGAUUUGUUGCCACCCGAGAAUUAAGUUUCCCGGUGUUCUUGCUGAUGGAGAAGUAAGGUGCCAGGCAAGUCAUCUACUUUGAAGACUACCAGAACUCCUGGGAAGUGUUUAAGUUCUCUAGUUGGCAGGUUUUUGUAAGUUCAGCCUUCUCUACCAGUGCGGCUGGUUUGGUGUAUGUUUAUGGUUUUGAUUUCACAAUACAAAUAUCAAACCAUGGUAGAAAUGGACUGAACUACUUGCAUUGGGAAACAUAGGUGGGGCCAGAUCGAGAGUAGUUGUUAUUUUCUGGUGUUUGAUAUUUGUUACAUGGUUCCAAAAUAUCAUUGAUUUGUUCAGUGAAAUGUCGAUUGUGUUCCAAAUUGUAGGGUUCUCCUCUACUUUCCUUGGAGCUUAUUUCCAAUUUUUCUCCGUUAAGAAUGAUUGAAAGUUGAAGUCACAAAGAAGUUAGAAAAAAGGAGACAGCUGAAAAUUAGUAUAAUUAAAUGUCAUUAUGACACCUUGGAAUCCUGUAAAACAUGCAUUCUUUGUGCAAUUGAGUUUAGUAAAUGGUUUCGCCGAACGAGAGGAAAACAGCAAAACGAAACCCAGGCAAAGGAAAGGGAAGGUGAAAUGUGAAUACAAGAACUAUGUAUCACAAAGCUUUUCUAGAGAAAAAAUUAAAGCUUUUAGAAUCAAAAUUAUUUGCCUACAAUCUCAGGCAAAAGCUCUUGAACUAGAGUUCGUGAACUAAAACAGCUGUUGCAUUAUUU